AUGGGAAAUUUUUCUAUAUUUUCACCGAACGCAAGGCAAGAAAGUAGUGAAGAGGAAGAUGAACCAGCACCAAAUAGAAGGUGUACUUGCGCUUUAGGUGUUUGUAAAUGUUGUACCGGGCCCGUGUUGGACCUUUUCAAGCAAAAAGCAUGUAUGAAAGUUACAUAUCACCCAGGUGAUUUUGCAUUCGAUGUAGCAAUGUCCCUAAACGACCGAACCCUUUACGAAAACUCAAUGUCAGGUAAAAAUCCACGGCCUAUUUGUAUUAAUCCACCGAGAAUGCCCAAUUUAAAAGUGUGCGCACGAUUUUAUAACGUAUUUUUUCCUGGAAGAAACUUUCAUUUCUGCUUAGGGAUGACUGGAAGAUGGAGGGCCUUGGAAUUAUUUAAUCUAACAUUCGAUUGUUUAAGAAUGGGAGCAAAUGGAUUAGCAAUGAUAAAGCCAGAAGAAAAUGGUGGUCUACACGUUCCGAAUCCGCACGGUGGUGUGGACGCCGUAAUAGAUGCUGGUGAAGAUGAUAUAGAAGAAUACGAUGAACAAAACAUAGUUCGAUCACUCCUAGAAAUAUUUGAUAGAUAA